CGAUAAGACUGGUUCUUGAGUAUGUACUUUCCAGUAUUUUGAAACACACUUCCCGAAAAUUUGUUGUAGCAAGAUUUUGAUUUUGAUUUCGAAUGGAACUGCCAGACCGGUCUCAACAAUGUAGGCAGCUUCUUUAUAUUUAA